AUGAGUCUUCGAUUAAAGCGUCAACUAUCGAACGACUUCCAAGGCCCUCAGCACCCACAGACCAUGAGUGUCCUCGAUUUGAGUUCCACCUCGCAGUCUGUGGUUCAACAAUCAGCCUCCACGGAUGAUUCAGCAACCCAUUUGGUUUCCCCCGGCGGCUCAUUCGACGCGCGCUCCUAUGUGACACAGAAGGGAGAGCUAAAACUAAGUGGCGCCGAUCGCAUGCAAUCGGGCUACUACGUUUGCACCGCGGUGAACGAGGCCGGAAGCACUAGCAAAAGAAUUUACAUAGAGGUGGCAACCCCUGAUGAAGCUGUCUACUCAUCCCGGCCACCAGAGCCUGACCAGCAGACAAGGCCACCAGUGCGUAUACAACGUGUGCAGGCCGUAAGUCCGAAUGCUGUACUGGUUGCCUGGUCAAAAGAUGAAUCUGACACCAGCAGUCAUGACGGUAUCGUUCUGAGAUAUCGUCCAGUGAAAGGAUUGUCAGAUGGCUUGAGCGUUGAUAAGAAUGUUCAAGACGAGUUUCAAUCUUUGGUUGUUAGCGACCAGACUUUGUCUCAAACUGUGAUAGGCGGUCUGAGAGCGCACACAAACUAUGAAAUUUUUGCAACUAGACGAAAUGCUCCUGCUUCUAAUAUAAGGAUAGGAACAACUAUGGAAGAUGCUCCCUCAGGGCCUCCCGUAGAUGUUAGAGUUGGUUUAAUAAAUUCAACUGCAGCUUAUGUUCGUUGGCAACCACCUGCAACGCACGAAUUAAACGGCGAUCUAGUGGGAUAUAAGAUUCAAAUUAAAAGCAACGCAACCAGCAAGAUUUUAGGACAAAUGACGCUCAAUGCAACAACGUUGUCAGUAGUUAUUAACAGUUUAUCCGCAGGCGGAAAAUACGUGGCCCGUGUUUCGGCCAUAACAGGCGGUGGAAGCGGGCCUUUCAGUCAGCCUUUAACAUUACACAUGGAUCCAGAACUUAUUCAGAGACCACCCAAGACCGAUCCAGCUGGUGAGUCAUCGCGUUGGCCUUUGGCAGCACUUGCUGCUGCAGGAGCAUGUUUAGCCGGAGGCGCAGCAUGUGCUGCUCUUUUUGUACGAUUGAGACGUCACAGAAAGAAGCCGGGAAAUGGUGCUAAGCAUACGGGUAUCACUGGAUAUGGUGUGAAUAGAACAGAAUCUCUUUGGGUUAAUGGAACUUUAAUAUCGAAAACAAUGAUUCCUGGAGGACCAGUUUGCUCAGAAUACGCUGAAGUAAACCUAUCAUCAUUUAACCAACCUAAUGGUGGCAACAACAUUCCAAAUAAUAAUCCGAAUACAAAAACACUAAAAGGUAUUCUUACAAAUGGAAAAACUCAUUCGCCACCAGAACCAUAUGCCACAGUCACUUUACGAUUAAAAGAUCAAGGGCAUAUAUCUGCCCACGAAACACAAUCGGAUAAUUCAUGCGUCAAAUCGAAUUCAAGUAGAAGCCCUAGUUCUUCCGAAUACGCAGUCACUCAAGAGCAAAACCAACUUAAUCAAAUGAAUAGAGGGCCUCUUAACUUUUGUGAUCUGGCUCCUCCUCCACCAGAUCAUCCUUAUGGAACAUUCAGGGGUAUUAAUACCAUGACUAUUCGGACAAAUCCAGUGAAUUCUUCUCCAGUGGCUUCCAGAAAGAACUUGAACAAUCCACCACCGAUUCCGGCAUUCCCCAGCAGUUGGACAACGAAUCGUUCAAACAGGCAUCACAAAAACACUUCAGACAGUAACAACUAUUCUGAUGAAGAUUCCCUAUCAUCUUGCUCCCUUCCCGACAAUGACGAGUGUCCGGAUGGCAGAGCGGAAACAAAAUUUUUGUUCGGCAACAAAGACCAUAGUCAGAGGCAAUUGUUCGAUAAUGAUCAGUUCCUUGACCAGGGAAUAAAUGAAUAUGAAAGCGGAUCUUUAUUAUAUGAACAGUGUUACAGGCCGGAAGCUUUCGAUGAUAGACUUCAUGCUCUUCAGCAACUUCAGCAACAGCAACAAAGCUGCCAACCACAAUAUAGGUUAAGAGAUUUGGACCAACGUAGUGACUCCUAUCCAUAUUCAGGAGGCAAUCGCGAAUACUUAGGUGGUAACUUAUAUGAAUCGGAUAACGAGUAUUUCCUGCGUAGCCAUAAUGACAAUUUCUGCGACAAUACCGAAUUACCGUCAAGAGGUGAUUUUAUGACCGGUUGUCAGCAGUACACCUCCGGCGCAGGCGCUGGUACCACUGCAACCAGGAGGUCGGCGGAGUCCAAGAGUUCAUCACGGACGACCGCAAGCUUAACGAAUGACCAGGAAGGAAAAAUGGACUUCUAUGGAUAUGGCGGUACUGUUGAUACAUUUAGGUCGCCAGUAGUUGCUCGACGCCAGGCAGAAUAUUCCCCAACUAGUUCAGAGUCUGAAGAACGAAGGAAACAAAAUAGUACUAACAAGAAGACCAGGCGAAGUCGGAGUCGUAGCAAAAGUGCCGAUCGUAGCAAAGGCCAGAAAUUAAGAAAUCCGUAG